AUGGAUCGUCAUAGGAGGAAUCCAAUGCAUAAUUCCUCAACUAACAGAACGCAUUUCUCGAAACCUAAUCACCGGCGCAAUCAGUUUUCCGAGCCUAAACAUCAAUAUCGUCAAGCAAAUUUUCCCUCAAAGAUUUUUCGAAGCGGUCGCUAUCGGUGGAUUCCGAAACCAAGAACAACAGCAGACUAUACAGAUACAAGAGCAAGUCAAAUCAACCCGGCAUACAAAGUGAAUCCUUUCCAAUCAAAGUCAGAGUUACAGCUUGGAGAAACGGAGUCCUGGGAAGCUUACCUACAGCUGGUCAACCGCACCUUGGACCAGUUUGGAACCCUCGUUUAG